AUGCUAUCACCGGCAGACUGGCUACUUUUUGAAGAAGACAUUCAAAAACUUUGCGGCCUUGUCGCGAUUUUUUCGAAUUUGGUUUUAAUGUAUUUAAUUCUUACUAAAUCCCCGUUGACUCUGGGCGCUUACAAAUGGCUCAUGCUGUAUACUGCUCUAUUUGAAUUGGUGUAUGCCGUUUUUAACCUAUUUGUUGGUCCGGUUAUCCACGCCUUUGGUUCCACCUGCAUAGUAUUUCAGGACAUGAGUAAGUCCUUGUUUGAUCGGCAAAUAAUCUAUGUUUCUAUAAUAAUUUUCUGUUCAUUUUUCGGGGUCUCUAUGGCUAUUUUCGCUGUUCAAUUCGUGUACCGAUAUGGAGCUGUGAACACAACUUUCAAACAAAAAUACCUGUCUGGAAAUAAAAUCAUGCUCCUCUACAUUUGUCCAAUAAUAUCUGGAAUUCUUUGGGGGCUCAAUGUUUGGAUUUUUAUGAGUCCGUCUGUAGAAAAGGCGGAUUACUUACGAAUAUACAUGGCGGAAACUUUCGGCUUGAAUAUCGAUGAAUGUACCUAUUUUGGGCUCCUUUUCUGGAAAGAUGAUGGAAUUGGAAAUUUGAAGAUCGGCUCAUUAUCAUUCAAUGGCGUGGUAAACAUGGAUCUUAUUUUGGGUACUUCAUUCGGCUGCGUUGCCUACUUUGGAAUUAAUUGCUACCGGUUAAUCUCUCAAAAGCUCAGCACAACAGAAUCCCUAUCACAAGCAACAAAAAAUCUACAGCUUCAAUUAUUCUACGCCUUGAUCGUUCAAUCAGCUAUUCCAUGCAUGUUCAUGUACAUCCCUGCUGCAAUAAUUUUUACAUUUCCCAUGAUCAACAUUGAUCUUGAUUCAAAGUAUCCAUUUGUAUCAGUAACAAUUGCCUUGUACACUGCAAUUGACCCACUUCCAACAAUUUUUAUUAUCAAAGACUAUAGAAGAGCCUUUUUCAGAUUUUUAUCGUGCAAAAAAGGAAAUGAAGUAAUUUCAAAUUAUUCACUCAAUGGAAAUGAAUCUGGAGUAAGAUGGAACAAUACAAGAAAUAUCACCAUAAGUACAUGUUAG